GGUGUGCCGGGGUGUCGCCUCCCCUGGCGUAAUCACAGUACUCGAGUUUGAGAUGACAUUUGAUUUCUGCCAUAGACUUUAGUACUCCGGGGGCGGCGAGGGGACUCCGUGACUUGGAAUGUGGAUUGUGCCUGGCAGUGGAUCUUAUUUUCCUGCUUCUUUGCAUUUCUGGUAAAUUUUGAUUGGAUGUCAGACAUCGGCAGUUUUACCUUGUAAUUUGCUGGAUUUUCUUCUAUUUCUUGAAUGUAAUUAAGUUACUUGGAAAUGGUUCAACUCAACUGAGGCUUGCUUUUAAACUUCUUGUUCGAUGCUGGCAUGUUAGAAUAAGGCAGCUCCUUUAAUGGAAAAAAAGUAGAUCUUAAGUCCAGAAAUUCAUCCUUGCUUGGGAUACCCUUGAUGAGACAUUAUCAGAAUUUCAGGACAGAUACUAAAAUUGCUGGCCAUUUCCUGAAAGCUGCUGAAAAUGACUGAGCUGCAGGGCUUAUUGACAUUCAAUGAUGUGGCCAUUGAUUUCACCUGGGAGGAGUGGAAGCUAUUAGACCCUGUUCAGAAGAACCUUUACCAGGAUGUAAUGUUGGAAAAUUAUAGCAACUUAAUGUCAUUGGGUUAUCAAGCUAUGAAGCCAGAAGCAGUGAUCCAGUUGGAGAAAGGAGAACAAGGAACAGUAGAGAGGGAAUUCCCAAGUCAGUGCAGUCCAGAAGUAAUUUGGCAAGUUUAUGAUUGGUAUCGGGAAGAUUUUGAGAGAGAUGAACCUGUGGAGAGAGAUCGUAAAAAUAAUACAUUGGGAAAAAUAUUUUCUCUGAGCAACUUUGUUCCAUUCAGAGAAACACCCUGUAAAUGUGACUCAAGAGGAUUAAGUUUGAAACAAAAUUCAGAUUCAAAUUUUCCGAGGAAAAACCAUGCAGAAAUGAACUCUGAUGAAUUAAAUGCUCAUGAGGAAUCAGUUUUCUGUACUGAACAUGAAAACUCCCACCCUCCAGGCCAGUACUAUGAACGUAAUUUAUAUGUAAAGGCUUUCAGCAUGGCGACAAAUUUUAAAAGACGUCACAGAAUUCACACAGAAAGGAAACCUUAUGAGUGCAGUGAAUGUCCAAAAUCCUUUCGAUAUAAGUCAAAGCUUACCAUACACCAGAGAACUCAUACAGGAGAGAAGCCGUACAGAUGCAGUGAAUGUCAGAGAGCAUUCAGUACAAAAUGUCAUCUCACUCUGCACCAGAGAACUCACACAGGAGAGAAACCGUAUGGAUGCACUGAGUGUCAGAAAGCCUUCAGAACAAAGUAUCAUCUCAUCCUACACCACAGGAUUCAUACAGGAGAGAAGCCCUAUGAAUGUGAAGAAUGUGGAAAAGCUUACCGGGAGAAGACAAAGCUCAGAUUACAUUACAGAACACAUACAGGAGAGAAACCUUUUGAGUGUAGUGAUUGUGGAAAAGGUUUUAUGCAGAAGUCAAAUCUGAUUAUCCAUCAAAGAAUUCAUACAGGAGAUAAACCCUAUGGAUGUAGAGAAUGUGAAAAAGCCUUCUGUAGUAAGUCUCAGCUUGUUGUUCACCAGCGAAUUCAUACAGGAGAAAAAUCCUAUGAAUGCAAAGAAUGUGGGAAAGCCUUUAAUAAAAACUCACACCUCAUAACACAUCAGAGAGUUCAUACAGGAGAGAAGCCUUAUGAAUGCAGUGAAUGUGGAAAAGCUUUUAUACACAUAUCACAGCUCAUUGUACAUCAAAGAGAUCAUACAGGAAGAAAAGCUUAUGAAUGCAAGGAGUGUGGAAAAACCUUUAAUAAAAAGUCACACUUCAUAACACACCAAAGAAUUCAUACAGGAGAGAAGCCUUAUGAAUGCAGUGAAUGUGGAAAAGCUUUUAUAGACAAUUCGCAGCUUGUCGUUCAUCGAAGAAUUCAUACAGGAGAGAAACCUUAUGAAUGCAGGGAAUGUAGGAAAGCCUUUAAUAAAAAGUCAUCCCUCAUAACACAUCAGAGAAUUCAUACAGGAGAGAAGCCUUAUGAAUGCAGUGAAUGUGGAAAGGCUUUCAUAGACAAGUCACAUCUCAUUGUCCACCACAGAACUCAUACAGGAGAGAAGCCCUAUGAAUGUAGUGAGUGUGGAAAAGCUUUCAUACGAAAGGCAAUGCUCAUUGUACAUCAGCGAACACAUACAGGAGAGAAGCCCUUUGUUUGUCUUGAAUGUCAAAAAGCCUUUAGCAGUAUGGCAAUGCUUAGUAGGCAUCAGCUGAUUCACACAGGAGAGAAACCCCAUGGAUGCAAUGAAUGUGGAAAAGCCUUCCGCCAAAAAAGUCAUCUUAUUAUCCAUCGACGGUGCCAUACUGGAGAAAAGCCCUAUGGAUGCAUUCCAUGUGGUCAGAUCUUCAACCAGAAGUCACAGCUCAUUAGACAUCAGAGACAUCACAAAGGAGAGAAAGCAUAUUAAUGGAGUCAGUAUGGGAAAUCCUUUUUUGAGAAGUAGUGCCUUAGUGUUCAACAGAGAAAUCAUGCAGAGAGAAACCUUAUCCAUGUAGUGAAUGUGGGAAAACUUUCUCUGUCAAAAUUCUUUCUCACUUCCCAUUAGGAAAUUCAUACAAAAAAGAAAUGUCAGGAACACAGUGCUGGAAAGACUUCAGUGAGAUGUCAAAUCUCAGUGAAUAUAAGAGAAUUCACACAAGAGUGAACCCAUGAAUGCUGAGAAAGUUGGGAUACUUUCCCAUUAACUUUAGCCUUUAGAAUCAUCAUAAAACUUAUCCAGAAGAGAGAUCUUUUAAAUGCAGUGAACAUGGAAAAACUGUCUCCCAACAAUGUAGCCCCAUAUUUCACUGGAGAAAGACAGUAUGAAUCAAUUGAAAGGUAGAAAUCUUUAGAAGAUAAAUUCUAUUAUAUGUCAUGAGAAAUUAAAUCUUGUUGGUACGACAAAUAUUUUUUCAUUAGGCCAUCAUAAAAUAGGCAAUUUUUGAGGAAAAACCUUAUGAAUGCUGUGACUCAUGGGAUAUCUUCCAAACAAAUGAAUUUUCCUAACAAAGAAUAUAGAGGACUAAAGACCUGUGGGUGGGAAUGCCUCUGGCAUAAAGUCUAAACUCACUGUGCAUCAGAAUGUUUAUUGAGGAGAAAUAGUAAAGUGUAAUGAUAGUUAUUUGCAUAUAACAAUGUUAUUUACAUAUAAAUAAUUUUAUAAUAAAAGUUUUGAUCCUGCCAUAUUACCAUAUAUUUAUAGAAAACAUAACACAAAGUAGUUGAUUAUGAAAAGCAGGUAACUUCAGUAUGCCAAAUGACACUUUGUUACAUGUCUGAAUAUGUGAUAGUCACAGCAGUAACUUAAGGUCCUAGAUGUAUGUGUUUGCUUUGUGUCUUAGUGUUUUUUGUAGAACAUGUAUAUAAUGAUUUUCAAAUUUUAUGAGGUGAUGAGAGAAAGUGAUCUAUAAUGGAAUUCUUAUUUCAGUUUGUAUGUGUAGUUUUCAACAGAAUACAAUAUCCUUGUAAAUUUUUAUGUAUCAUAUAAAUUGCAAUGGAAACAAUCAGGUUUAAGGUUAAAUAAG